CUCCAAUUCCUGUUCCCUCUCUUGCACUCCUUCUGCGCCUUGCCCAACCUGACCACCCCAUCCUGAUCCCAGACUUUAACCGUAUUUGAGACUGUUUCAUCUGGCCCGACCAAUGUCCUCCCCAUGUCAGGCUUCCCUCCCGCUCAUGCUAAUCCCUCACCUGGAGCUCUGGUGACACCUGCGCCGUCUGCCCACUAUGAUUCGAGUGAAACCUCCGUUUCUUCUUCCUCUGCCAUGAAACAUCGUCCUUCCACGACUCCCAUAGAGCAGAUCCGUGGUUCCACGCCCUCAUAUCGAGCCCAGAGCCCGCAAUUGUCCGAGAGAGACAGCAUCUUCGCCACGCACUACCUGCCCUCCGACUACGAUGUGACAUCUCCGGCACCGGGCGUUGACGCUGUGGCCGAGGGCAAGAACGACCAUCUCCAUCGCUCUCCUCUUCAACCUCAGCUCUCGCACGACGGGAGACCGAAACCGCUGCGCAAAGUGAAGACACUCCCCGUCCGGCAGAAUGUCAGCGCUCUCUCCGCGUCUCUCAAGCCCGCGAGGAAGGACCUGUCCACCGCCGAAGCCAGAGAUAUUACCAGUCUUCCUCUGAUCCGCCCAGCAGCCCGGAACCACCGUCCUCCUCGUCCUUCGAGACCUUCCUUUGCAGAAUACUCUUCCUCGUUGUCACAGCCUCCCGAUCGCCGACGGGAUACCAGCGGCGGUAAGAUGCUCGUCUCAGAAAGCCUGUUUACUCACGACAGCGGCGCUUCGGCGUCCGUUCGUAGGUCAUUGCAUGAGUUUGGCCUGCCCACCCACGAUUCCCUGAAAAGUCACCGACCGGACCGGAGCUCAAGCAAGAGCAGGUCUUCUCGCGUCGAAAAGUCCAUCGAAGCUAGUCUCGCCAACGCCGAACCUGCUUCCAAUGUUCGAAGUCGGAAGUCAAGCCACUACCUGGGCCUGUUCAAGGAAAAUACGACCACGCAUGAGCGGAAGAAGCGGGAGGAUAAGCCUCUCGAUCGUCAGGAACGACGUCGUUGGACUCAAUUAGAUCGUUCCCCGAACAAGACGAUUUCAUCGUCUACCCCAAGAGGAGCAUCCGCAACCAGACCCGCCAGCCCUGAGCGUCGUCCAUUAUUCAGCUCUUUUCGAUCCGAACCAGAAGUGCCACAGGCAAAGCCUCGCCACAAGGACCACACUCCCGUGAGCAUCGUCCACCACGAAUCCCCUUCCGAAGAGUGUGUCGUACCACCUCCUGUGCGUGUUCAUACCAAUGUACAAGCCAUAUCCCCGGAGGUGCUGCAGGAAACUCGAACAUGUCCUAUUUUACCUUCCACACCCACCCUAUACGAAACUCUGUCGCGCAGCGUCCCGACUUCAACACACAGCAGGGGGAUUGAGCUUGCAUUUGGAGUCGAUGGCGCAGCUGACGAACGGGGAUCUGAAAAAGGUCAGAGUCUCGCGCGAGACGCGUCUGAUGGAUAUGAAGACGAAGAUGAAGAAAUGGAACGCAUUUCUUCGGCGCUAUACUUUCCUCAUCAAAGACCUGUUGACGAACCCUCUAGCUUGGAGAUUGAAUCUGGAGACGAACACCCACAGGGAGAGAUCUUGCAGGACGAAGAAGUUGGCGUCUCUGGCAGGGCCACCAUCCGCCAAGAACCAUCUGAAAUCGAGGCUUCCAACCAUGUUGAUAUAUCGUUAUUGUCAAGAGAUGACAGCAGCAUUCUCCAUGGAGAAUUGCGACAGCCACCCGCACCUUGCCCCAAAGACGACGACCUUUCACUGGCCUCCAUUUCAGAGUUAGAAACAGACUCGGUUUCGGAAUUUGAAUCUCUCUCUGGUGACGAAGGCGCUCUAUCGGGGAAAGAGGACGACUCCAGCUCAACAGAUGACGCCGCCAUAACUCCGACUGCGGCAGUCUCUGGAACUACGUACCUUCGUAAACACUCCCAUUCACGACCUCUCCCUGCUCCGCUUGGCGCGGUUGAGCUCAAACCGUAUCGACAUCAAGUCGGCGGCCACACUACGGUAUUCCGAUUUUCGCGACGAGCAGUGUGCAAACAACUUAACAACCGAGAAAAUCAAUUUUAUGAGAGGAUCGAACGCCGACACCCUGAAAUGUUGAUGUUCCUUGCCAAGUAUAUUGGUGUGUUGAAUGUUACUUUUUCUAAAGGGCCGAAACGUACAAAACAAACCGUCGACGAAUCCACGGGGAAGAACCUGGAAACGUCUCCAGACAGUUCUACCCCUCAUAUAUCCCAGAAUGUCGACAAAAAGAGUGGUGGAAAGCAUGUCUCAAGCCCCAAGGGCUCAGGAGAUCAACCCAGGAUUUUUAGUCAACAGCAGGUAACCGGUAUUGUUCCAAAGGUGAUCCUGGAGAAUAAUCGUCACAUCAUACCGAUGGAUCUCUUCAUGACUUCUAAGAUGUCCCCUAAUGGCCAGACAUUGCAGCAAACUCCCUCGUCUGGACCUAUUGAAGCAAGCCUAACUUGUUCUUCUUCUUCCCAGCUCAUCCCGCGUUCCACAAGCAACGGAGUAAGUUGGGGCGCGACUACUGUUAAUACUAAGUUACAGGAACAAGUGUUGCGAGAAGUGUUUGCUCCACCGACUAUUCACCGUCACCGUCGACACACCAAGGCGCAUGGAUCUCUACCAAAAUUACGGUCUAGGCAUCCAAAGCGUCGGUCACUCGGCGACUCGGGUGAGAAGCCUUCCGAACUUCAAGGAGAUCGUGGUGAAUCGCUUCCGGAAUCAUCAGGACCAAGAAAUUCAAGUGGGAAACCCAGCCUGUCCUCCUCUGCGUCAACGGUUGUCGGUGCAGACGGGCACUGCCUUGAAAUAACCAGGUCUGAGAGCCCACCUUCGCCCAAGCUGGCACAUGGCAUUUACCGUCGCCGUCGACAUUCUGGAAGUGGCCUCGAAAGGCAGCGAAGCAUGAGUACGAGUAAACCUGGAGGUCUCCUUUAUUUUGAGGAUGACGGCUAUGGUGGCGAUGAGAAAGAUGAAAUUUUUAAAAUGGAGUCUGACGAAAGCCCUUCGAGUUCGUCGCAGGUUGCUGCUCUAGAUUUAAGUCAGAAGGGCACCCCCAGUCAAGGGGAGGAACAGGUGACUGCGGACGGUGAGAAGCAAAUGUCUCUGCCUGUUACCCUUGGUACCAACACUGGUGAGCCGGUGCGGCUACCUGUUAAUCCGAAGGAGGCGCAAACAACUCGCGAUGAGCGGGUUCAGUACUUCUUGCUUCUGGAAGACCUCACUGCUGGCAUGAAUAAACCUUGCGUUCUUGAUUUAAAAAUGGGCACACGUCAAUAUGGAAUUGAAGCGGAUGAGAAGAAGAAAAAAUCUCAAAGACGAAAGUGUCAGACUACAACGUCAGCGCAGCUUGGAGUUAGACUAUGUGGAAUGCAGGUCUGGAAUGUUAAAAAGCAGGAGUACUUAUUUGAGGAUAAGUAUUUUGGUCGCGAUCUUAAGGCAGGCCGGGAGUUCCAGGACGCCUUGACACGAUUUUUGUACGAUGGUGUUAGCUACAGCAGCGUGACAAAGAAGAUUCCUGUAAUCUUACACCAAUUGUCUCGGCUCGAAAACAUGAUCCGUGGGCUGCCUGGUUAUCGUUUCUAUGCAAGCAGUUUGCUUGUUCUUUAUGAUGGCGAGAAGACACCCCCCAAAACCGACGAUGCCGAAGCCAAACCUGAUGGUCCAAGUAACCACGAUAGUAGCAAGGCAACCUUUGGAGAUAACCAAGAUACUUCAGGACUUCGCCUGAAGAUUGUUGAUUUCGCAAACUGCGUAACUGGAGAAGACGGGAUUCCGGCAAAUGCGCCAUGUCCACCACACCACCGAGACGGUGUGGAUCGUGGUUAUUUACGUGGUCUCCGCAGCCUUCGGAUGUAUUUCCAGAGAAUUUUGAAGGAACUUAGUCGUGAAGAUUACGUGGAACGGGGUGAAGGCGAAGCAAUGGCCCUUGGACCACGAAGUUCCGGCCGCGAGGGCGUUAGUGGCGGUUGGGAGGAUGGAAUAAUGGAGAGCGAUCCUGGCGAGGUUAGCGUGUGA